UAAGACUUCAUAUGAAAUUCUGUAUGUACCAAUAUCAAAGGAGAAUUUUGAGUUCCAUUUCCACUCCUUGAAAUUUCAUGAGAAAAAUGGUGUGGUUGCGAUCAAACUGAGAUGUCCGUUUCUCCGUGGCUAUCUCCCAAACAAAACCUGGUUCGAUUCACUACACCAACUGCUUCAGCUCGAGAUCAUCUUCCAUUGAUCCGUUCGAAUUUCGCGAACGCUUUCGCCGGAGGACCGGCGGACAUGGCAGUUAACUCCGUUCGAGUAGCCGUCGCUCAAAUGACCUCCAUUAACGGCCUCUCUUCCAACUUCGCCAUCUGUUCUCGCCUCGUCAAAGAAGCAGUCUCAGCUGGAGCAAAAUUGAUAUGCUUCCCAGAAGAUUUUUCUUUUAUGCCUGCCAAUGAUGGGGAAAGUCAAAAAAUUGCAGAGCCUCUAGACGGACCAAUUAUGAAUCAAUACUGCUCUUUGGCAAGAGAAUCCAGCAUAUGGCUAUCACUUGGAGGCUUUCAAGAAAAGGGACCCGAUGAUCAACAUUUCUACAACACACAUGUCAUAGUUGACGACACUGGAACCAUCAGGAGCAGUUAUAGGAAAAUACACCUGUUUGAUGUCGACGUUCCUGGUGGAAGAGUAUAUAAAGAAAGCAGUUAUACAAAGGCAGGAGAAGACAUUGUAGCAGUUGACAGUCCUAUUGGACGACUUGGUCUGACCGUAUGCUAUGAUUUGAGAUUUCCAGAGCUCUACCAGCACUUGAGAUUCCAACACAACGCUCAGGUUUUAUUGGUUCCUUCAGCUUUUACAAAAGAAACUGGGGAGGCACAUUGGGAAAUUCUUCUUCGCUCUCGUGCAAUUGAGAAUCAAUGCUAUGUCAUAGCUGCUGCUCAAGCGGGAAAAGCUAAUGAGAAAAGAGAGUCUUAUGGUGACUCCUUAAUCAUUGAUCCAUGGGGUAAAAUAGUUGGUCGAUUAUCUGAUCGGUUAGCAACGGGAAUUGCUAUAGCAGACAUUGAUUUUGAUUUGAUCGAGGCAGUGAGGUCAAGGCUUCCAAUUGCCCAGCAACGGAAGCCCUUUGAUUUCUGGAAACCAGCGUCAACGUGACAUCUUACCCAUAUCCAGGUGCAAUUUACAUUGUUUUUUUAAGGGAUCAUUACAAAUAUAACAAUCAGACUCAAAGGAUUAACAGAUAUGACAUAAUAUAAAAAAAUUACAAAUAUGGAAAAAUUUAUAUGGUCUAUCAAUGAUAAAUCAUAUCGCUGGUAGGAAUCUAUCAAUGAUAGAUUAUAUCGUUGGUAUCGUUGGUAUCGUUGGUAAGAGUCUACGAGCGGUAAAAGUCUAUGUUGAUAGACUUUACCAUAUUUGCAAUUGUUGAUAUACACUUGGUUAUUAUCUCUAAGAAUAUCAUCGUUUGUAAUUACCCUUUUUAAA